UUGACCAGAGUUUGACGUUCAGUGGCGAAAAUUUGAUAGUAGUCGAUGGUCGAGGCUCUUGCGAAUAAAAAUUGACUGUCUAUCGACACAAAGUUGCACGAAGGAGUUUUGGUUGCUUUGCUUAACCUUUCUUUGCAUAUUUUGGUGGCAUAUCUAAUAAGAGAAGUUAGCAAGUAGUAUUGUCAUAGUUUUGAUAAAUUCCAAUAAUUUACCAUUGUCGUUAAUACUUUUAAAUCAAUAAUAAUAAUAAUAAUAGAAACGGAAACAACCGAUUUUAAACGAGUUUCUCGAGAUUCACGCUGCAACAAAAAUACGGCGUAUACGACAUAGCGGUAAAUUCAGUUCUUCCUGUGAGUUCUUCGCAUCACCUUCGUUGGUAAAAACCGUCAACUCGACACACACCAUGGGUUUCUGUAAUGCAGUAUGCACUUCUGUUGCAAGAUUAGAUGGCAAAACCGCAGUAAUUACCGGUUGUAACACUGGCAUUGGUAAAGUAACCGCCAGAGAUUUUUUUCAAAGAGGUGCUAAAGUUAUAAUGGCAUGUAGAAAUGAAGACAAGGCCAAGGAGACAGCUGAAGAUAUCAAGGUCUCCUGCAAGGACAAAGAGAAUCUUGGAGAAAUUGUGAUUGAAAAGCUCGACUUGAAUAGCCUGAAGUCUGUACGAAGUUGCGCGCAAAGGAUCAUAGAAAAAGAGGCUAAAAUUGACCUUUUGGUGAACAACGCAGGUGUCAUGAUGUGUCCUGAAGGGAAAACGGAAGACGGGUUCGAAACACAAUUUGGAACAAAUCAUUUGGGCCACUUCCUCCUCACGUUGCUGCUGUUGCCGAAAGUCAAGCAAAGCGAAUCGGCCAGAAUUGUGACCGUUUCAUCUAUGGCACACGAAAGGGGCAAAAUCGAUUUUGAUGACUUGAAUUUUGAGAACAAAUCCUACAGCUCAACAGCGGCGUACUGCCAGAGCAAGCUUGCCAAUGUACUGUUCACAAAGGAACUCGAUCGUAAAUUAAAAGAAUCAAAUGUCAACAAUAUCAAUGUUUACUCGCUUCAUCCUGGAGUGAUUAAGACUGAACUAGGCCGUCAUCUUUCCACUCCCAUCCGUCUUUUGUUUGGACUGUUUAGCUGGACUAUCAAAACGCCAGAACAAGGUGCUCAAACUUCCAUCUACUGUUCCGUAGAUGAGAAAUGUGCCAACGAAUCUGGCCUGUACUAUUCAGAAUGUGCGGUGAAGACACCAGCAAAAGCUGCGCUCAACGAGGAGGAUGCCAAAAGGCUUUGGAACGAAAGUCUGAAAUUGGUUGGAUUGUCUGAAGAUUAUAACCCCCUCCUUGCAAAUUAAUUUCGAUCUGUUUGAACAGUGAGAUAUCAAUUUAUAAAUUCAACCACACUUGGGCAUAACACGUUUUAAUUUUAUAGUAUUUAUAUAAAAUAUUUUUUAUAUUAUUUAUAUACAAAAUAUUGAAUUUCUUCAAUAUUAUAUCUCGGUGGAGUCAUCUAAGACAAUUUUUUUCUAAUGUCUCAUUUUUUAAGGUUCUGGGUUUAAAAAACCCUUAAACUAGAUAGAUCACUUAAUAUUACUUCACAAUGAUUAUAUAAGAUGGGUGUAAAAUAAAACUAUAUUUCUAC